AUUAAAUCCACACCAGCGUGGUCGUGGUGGAAGUGUUUAGAGUUUGCUUUUAAAAGGAGAACGCCGAGGGGACAGGUCCUGUGAGCACCGCGCAGCUUUCUGGGGCAACCAGAAAAAAAAACACGCUUAAGCCCGAAAAACUACAAUGAAAUACACUUUAACGUUUUCUCAGAAAACGCAGGAGUUGACGUUAAAGUGAUUUUUUGAAACUGGACCCGCUUCCUCGCUCGGCAACGGGGUGAAAUAUCUCAACAUCCUCACAAAGAAACUUUGCUUGCUAGGCUGCUAACUCGCACAUAAGCCCGAAAAAAAGUAUGAUCAUCGCCGAAGACUUGACUUCUAGCCAUUUGUAACGCCUCAUCUGUCGAGUAAAGUGUUACUAGUAGUUGUAUUUGCUCGGAAAUGUUUUUUUAAAUGACUCGAGACUGAAUUUUGUAACGGUUUUUGGUUGUCAUCACCAGUGGAGGAAGGGUUGCAGCUGGUAACUUAGCCAGCUACCAGCAGUGUUUCCACACAGCGCCCCCAGAUCUCCACCGGGCAGCACCUUCCUUUUUUUUUUUUUUUUUUGCCAUUUUCAGCUAGUUAGCAGUAAAGUAGUUGCACAUUUGCCACAGGAAAGAUGUCUGUCCGAAGUGGAGCUGGACAGACCCGGGGAGCUACUCUGGGUCCACAGCCCCUUAAGGCUACUGUGCCCUAUCAGCUGGCCAGCAAGCCUCGGCCCCACCGGAGAGAUGAAAAGUCAGCCGGAAAGGCCAAACAGCAGCAGCAGCUGAGCUCAGGCAUGAGGCGGACAAUGUCUCUUGAUGCCAUCAUCGGGCCGUACCUGCAGGGACAAUGGCCGAAAGAACCAGAGGGCCAGAGCAGCCUGUCUCGCAAGGACAAAUCCACCCAGACCCCAGACUCCUGGUCAGAUAAAUCACACACCAGGAGAGGUAGCAGCAGUCACAAACGAUCGGCGUCGUGGGGCAGUGCUGAGAAUCUGCGAGAGAUUGCUAAACUAAAACAACAGCUGCAUCAGCGCAACAAACCUGCAGUCUCAGGGGGACUCGAUAAAGACCGCCAGCGUGGCUAUCCUCAGGGGAGCUGCAGCCUAGGAACCACUCAGACUCAGCCAAUUCCCAUCCCCCUUGCUCCCCUGUCUACACUGGUCCCUCGACUGCGCUGCAGUGUGGAGGGCCUCAACCAGGAGCUGGAAGGGAUGUUCGUCUGCCAGCCAUCGCAGCCACAGCAGAGGCUCCUUGAUGUUCCAGACGGUCACCGGGCUCCAGUCCCUCCACAGAGCUGCAGCAGUGGAUCUCAGAGUGACCCUGCCACCACACCCCUGUCAUCUUCCUCCCAGUCCUCCUCACCCACCUCCCCUCCCACCUACCUCUCAGCCUCCCCGCCCAACACUGAAGACGCACCCCUGGAUCUGCACCAAAGUUUGACAGACGGUGCAGAGAUGUACCUCCAGUCUCCGUUCUCCUCCCAGAAUGAAGCUGACCCCUCCCUGCCUCUGCUGAUGUCCACCUCCCCAGGACCCAACAAAAGUUGCUGCUUCCAGAGAGAACCUCCAGAGGGCUGCGAAAAGGUCCGAGUCUGGGAGGAAACCAGCACUCCACGCCAGCUCAAACCAGCCCUCAUCUCCUCCUGCCCAGACCCCAACAAGGUAAACUUUACCCCCCAUGGGGGCUCAGCCUUCUGCCCCGUCAGCCUUCUCAAGCCCCUGCUCCCCUCUGUGGACCUGUUGUUCCGAAGCCUCACCGUCUCUCCAUCAGGCAGUUGCUUGAGCCAGGGGACGACGUCCUCCAGCAACCGGUCCACUCCUCCCGAUCCUCCCGCCAGCAGCGGCGUGAUGGCCGAAGGCUCGGGGGAGGCCCUCGCUUUCUAAUCGCAUCUGCAGAUGUUUUUCUGCGGAAAAGGUGUAACGAAAGUGUGACAGCGGCCACAUCGCUGAGGACACGUGUGUUGAUGUUGCUUUAUUUUACGAAGUACCAUUCCUUUCCUAUACAGGUUUAAAAUGAUCUUAUGAAAAUUAAUAAUAUUGAGAAAAAAAAUGUCAUACUCGUACACAAUCAGUAGAUAUCCUUUAUAGCUAUUUGUUUUGGGUUUCUGGGCAUAGUGACAUUUGUAAAUUGCAGCCUUUUUUUGUUGGUUUUGUCAUUUUCUAAUCCAAAGAUGUAUUUUUGCCAAACACAAGCGGGAUAAACUGUGGAAGUCUAAAGGCAAGACUUACUCUUAACUCUAUCUGAGAUGGGACUUGUUGGAUGGCUGUCUCACUCUGACAUUUUUAGUGUUUUCCCUCAAAGAAGCCAGGACACACACUUAUUUCUCAAUUUAUUUAAGCUCUGACUGCAGUGUAUCUUCUCUGUCCAAAAUGAUAAGAAUCUGGUUCAACUAAGUCGGGGGGGGGAAACAAAACCCGCUUGUUGGAUAAGUUUUUAGGUAUUCAGAGAUCUUUAUUUGCAGUUCACCUUAAAUGUUUUACCUAACUUGACCUUGCACCUGUUGCUGGUGUUCAAAGCAUGACAAAUCAGUUGGGUACUAUUUACCUGAUUUAAAGCAAAAGAAAAAAACAAAACAAUGAAGUCACUUAUUGAUUGUUGUAGACUGAAGGGACAUAUUUCCAGUUGUUGGAUUUUGGUAGCAUCGGUACCUAAAGGCUUCAGUUCAUGCUUUCCUGCUUUAAAAAUCGUUCCAGAAGUUUUUCUUUUUGUCAUCUUGUUUACUUGCAAAAAAAGAAAAGUAACUUUUGCAUGUGCUAAUGGAUAAAAACCCAUUUUUGGUUGAUGUUCUACAUGUGUGCUUGAUGUCAUGUUUAUAGUUUUGAGGUUGCACAGCCUAGUUGACUACCUAACCAGUUUUAGUGGUGUAGAUUUGUCAUCUUUAAUGUUUCUCUGAAGAUGUUCUUUUUUUUUUUUUUGCUGACAAGUUGAUGUUCAAAUAGUUUUAUUUCUGAUAGAUGUUUGCACAAAUUGAACUGCUACUUUUGAGUCUUAUUUUUUUAUAUUCACUUUUGUACUUUAAGAGUAGUAAUGUGUAUUUUCUACAUCUUUUCCAGUUACCUGCAACAUAAGCUAAAAAAAAAAACCCUGUUACUUUUAGUUUUGUUCUGACAGUAUAAUUGAGGCAGAUGUUACACAAGUUACUGUAUCGGGUGGAUUUUUAUGCACUUCCAGGAGCGGGUUUUAUAUGGAAGAGGUGACAUUUCUUCUGUACUUAAGUCCUGAGUUUAUUUCCUCUGACAGAAGUUUUGUUCAUAUGUGUGCACGUGGAUGGAAAGUUAACUAGUCUAAUUGUUUAACUUCUCCCAGUUUUAGUAUCCUGGUGAAAUACUGAUGGACUGAAACAAUGUCUUUUUUUGUUUUUUCUUUUUCCACAUAAGCCUCAAUUUCAAUGUUUUCUGAAUCUGUGUGGAUACUGUGCUGUUAUCUCAGGUUUUGUGUUCUGUCCACAUAAAUAUAUGAUAACGUC